AUGUCCUGGUUCCAGAAAUCCUUCUCCCUCACCCCGCAGUCCCGCGGCUCAUACCUGAUCACCAAGGAGGUUACAGACCAACUCCCUGAAAUCGAGAACUACAAAGUUGGCAUCCUACACCUUUUCAUCAAGCAUACGAGCUGUGCCCUAUCGCUGAACGAAAAUUGGGAUGAUGAUGUGCAAGAAGAUAUGUCCGAUGCACUUGAACGAAUUGUGCCUUAUGAUAAGAAGGGAAACCUCUAUCGCCAUUCUGCAGAGGGAGAGGACGACAUGCCGGCCCAUAUCAAGUCCGCGUUGAUUGGAGCUUCCGUCAGCAUUCCCAUCUCUAAUGGCAAGUUGGCCACUGGUACUUGGCAAGGUAUUUGGUAUUUGGAGUUCAGGGCCCAUAAGCAUAGAAGAAAUGUUGUUGCUACCAUCCAAGGAGAGAAAUUCGAGUGA